AUGGAGAAUCCCCACACCCAGAGUCGGCUGGUGCAGCACCGCGGGGCCGAUUACCGCGUCGUCAAAGAAGGCCGCGCACAUAUCCUGAACCCGCCCUCCCAAGAAGCCGCCUCCAAGGGAACGAAGAAGGACCUCACAGGCGACGACGAGGUGCAAUCGGUCUUCUACAACCCAAUCCAACAAUUCAAUCGCGAUUUGAGUGCUCUGGCUAUUCGCGCGUACGGGGAACAUUCGCUCGAAUUAAAGAAACGGAAAGCGGAACGGAGGCUCAAGAAACAGACAGGCAAUGGGCCCGCGAAAGGAACGAAACGGAAGCGAGAGGAUACCGAGGACCAGACCACGAAGCCGGAUGCUACUAUAGAAAGUGAAAAGCGACCAGAAGCCAGUGUUCACCAGAGUGAACAACCGCCUGAGGCACAAUCCAACUCAAGCACGGCCUCGUUUACCAUCCUCGAUGCACUGUCUGCAACGGGGUUGCGUGCACUCCGGUAUGCCUCGGAAAUUCCAUUUGUCACCAAGGUCGUGGCGAAUGACCUUUCAGAUUCGGCGAUUCAAUCCAUGAAGGUCAAUAUCGAGUACAACGAACUGCAAAACCGCAUCCAGCCCAACCUGGGCGAUGCACGCGUCUACAUGUAUGGUCUGACUCAGAACGACAAGUUCGAUGUGAUUGACCUGGACCCAUAUGGCACGGCAGCUCCGUUCAUGGACGCCGCAGUGCAGGCUAUCAAGGACGGCGGUCUUCUCUGUGUCACUUGUACCGAUGCUGGUGUUUGGGCUUCGACCAACUACUCGGAGAAGGCGUUCGCCCUGUACGGCGGUAUUCCCACCAAAGGCUCUCACUCGCACGAAGGCGGGCUGCGACUUAUAUUGAAUGCCCUCGCCAUUUCCGCCGCAAAAUACGGAAUGGCCGUUGAGCCUUUGCUUUCGCUGUCGAUCGACUUCUACGCUCGCGUCUUUGUGCGCGUACAUCGCUCGCCGGCCCAAGUCAAGUUUAAUGCCGGAAACACCAUGCUCGUCUACAACUGUGAUUCAGGAUGUGGUGCAUGGUCGACACAGCCACUCGCGUCGACAAAGUCCCGCCAGGAUCGCAAGGGCAACCCGAUCCACCAACAUGGAGUAUUCCAGGGGCCGACAGUUGGUCCCAACUGUGAGCACUGUGGAAGCAAGACACACCUUGGGGGACCCAUGUGGGGAGGUCCGCUACACAAUUCUCACUUCAUCCAGAAAAUUCUGGAUACGCUCCCUGCAGUCGACGACGACACGUAUGGAACUGUUGCUCGGAUCGAGGGCAUGCUAACCACCGCUCUCGAAGAAGAUCUGGCUCUCGGCUCCCCUAGAUCUUCCUCUUCCCAGCAAAAUAAAGCCGACGCCAUGGAAAGGAACCUUUCUAUCCAAAUUGAACAUCCGGCCAUCAUCCCCCGAAUGGACCCCGCCAUACGGGAGCAACACCCUUUUUACUUUACCCUCAGCACUCUCGCCAAGGUUCUACACACCUCAACUGUUCCGUUUGACGAGUUCCGCGGCGCCCUCCACCAUCUCGGCUACCGCUCUGCUCGCAGUCAUGCCAAGCCAAACUCGCUCCGCACUGAUGCUCCUUGGGACGUCCUCUGGGAGAUCAUGCGUGAGUGGGCCCGUCAGCGCUCGCCAAUUAAGGAAACAUCUCUGAAGCCCGGAAGCCCGGGAGCCACGAUCAUGGGCAAGAGCCGCGAGAACUUGCGCAAACCGCCUGAAGAGGACCAGUGGCUGUCCCGACUCAAGCAGGAUCUCCUGGCGGCUGUCGAAGCCGGGAGGGAUGCCAGUGAUCUGAUCACCAAAGUCGAAGCCGCACUGUAUCGUUCCGGGUCGCGCCAAACAUGGCAGAAUACUGGAGCUACUGUGGAAUCCCGACCUGGACCCGCCCCCAGCUAUCGGCACCCGCCACGAGUUCCGAACGGCCGCAUCCUAGCACUCUCCAGGUCAUCUUCGACGGGGCCCUGGGCCGAGAAAUCUCGGAUGCGCACACAAACAAGCGGUUGGUUCGCUACCAGAUUAAUCCUCGUGCGAACUGGGGACCGCUCAACCGUGCUUCAAAGUAAAGCUGCUCCAUGUGUGAAUAGUUAG